UGUGUCACGGGAUAUCGUGGCUCUUUUUAUAAACAUUAGUUUACUUUGAAAGCACAGAGGGAGAUUUUUCGAAUUGUGUGACAUUUCACUCCAACAUUUUAGAGCUGGAGACUGGGAUAAAUCCUCCAGGAAUGUGCGGCUAAUUUGCUAGCCAGUUGUUUGGGAACUUCGUUCCCCGGGAAGGACGUUCCUCGCCUGCCUCGGAGCCAGCAGGAUAGCCGUUACCUCCCACACACAAUUAACGAGGGCACCCCUGCAUCAAAAGGAAGUCAACUUUUAGACGUUUUUUGGGGGGGAUGUUGUUCCGGCCGACAUGAUUUUGUGAUGGUAGAGGAUGGCGGCGGACGUGCAUAACGAAACCCGCGAGGAGGAGCGCUACGCCGGCCAGACCGGGCAGCGGAGUCGGGGCUCGGGCUCCCGGAUCUCCACACGGACGUGCACCCUGCUCCUGGUUGUUGCUGUUCCUCUUCUGGCUUGGGGGGUCAAGUACUAUCAAGAAUCCGACCUUCUAAAGCGACAUGAGGACAGCGUUCGAACUCUGGGUGCUGAGGGGCUUUUUCUCUUCUCCUCUUUAGACACCAACCAUGACCUCUAUCUCAGUCCGGAGGAGUUUAAACCGGUUGUUGAGAAACUCACAGGGAUUUCACCGCCGGGGGAGACUGAAGAGGAGGUGAUCGAGGACCCAGAUGGGGAAACUUUAACACUGGAGGCCAAAAUGGAGCCUCUGCUUAUGGACUCCAUGACAAAAAGCAAAGAUGGCUUCCUUGGGGUCUCCCACAGCUGCCUGAGUGGUCUGCGCUCCUGGAGUGGUCCAUCCGUGCCUUCGUCUUCCUUCUUCGCCAGCCAGUUCAGGGUCUUCCUCCCUCCGAAGAACAAGCAGGAGGUAGGAGACACUUGGUGGGUGAUACCCAGCGAGCUCAACAUCUUCACGGGGUACCUGCCCAACAACCGCUACCACCCUCCCACGCCCAAGGGCAAAGAGGUUCUCAUCCACUCGCUGCUGAGCAUGUUUCACCCUCGACCCUUCAUCAAAUCUCGCUUUGCACCUCAGGGCACCAUCGCGUGCAUACGUGCCAGGAACGAUUUCUAUUACGACAUUGUUUUCAGGAUUCAUGCAGAGUUCCAGCUCAACGACGUCCCGAACUUUCCCUUCUGGUUCACGCCGGGCCAAUUCACAGGCAACGUUGUCCUCUCGAAAGACGCCUCUCACGUGCGACACUUUCACCUCUACGUCCCCAGUGACAAGUCUCUGAAUGUGGACAUGGAGUGGCUGUACGGCGCCAGCGAGAGCAGCAACAUGGAGGUGGACAUCGGUUACCUACCGCAGAUGGAGUUGAAGUCCACCGGGCCGUCCACUCCCUCCAUCAUCACGGACGAGGAGGGCAACGUCAUCGACAGCCGAAGCGGCAGCGCCGAUCCGAUCCGGUUUGUCUUCGAGGACAUCGACUGGAGCGCAGAGAUCGACCCGAAAGAAGCCGCCCGUCUCCUGGAGGUCACCCUGUACCCCUUCAAGAAAGUUUCCUACCUGCCGUUUUCGGAGGUCUUCCAACGGGCAGAGGCGGAGAACAAGUUGGUGCAUUCCAUUUUGCUUUGGGGCGCACUAGAUGACCAGUCCUGCUGAGGUUCUGGGCGGACUCUCCGGGAGACGGUCCUGGAAAGUUCGCCCGUCCUGGCUCUGCUCAACCAGAGCUUUGUGAGCAGCUGGUCUCUGGUCAGAGAGCUGGAGAACAUGGAGGCUGAUGAGCGUAGCCCCGCACUGAGUGAAAAGGCUCGCUUGCACCUUGAUAAGUACACCUUCCCUGUUGAGAUGAUGGUGGCCCUGCCAAACGGAACCAUUGUCCAUCACAUCAACGCCAACUUCUUCCUGGACCAGACGGCCAUGAAGCCCGAUGAGGGGGAGGGGCAGGAGGGAACCACCUUCAGCUUCUCUGGAGUGUUUGAAGACCCCUCCACAUCCACUUACAUCAGCUUUUUGAAGGAGGGGCUGGAGCGGGCUAAGCAGUACCUGCCACAGUAGAAUGUGUGCGGAUGUAGGCCUGUAUUGUACAUGUGUGUAUUUCAUCAUUCCUCUGGCUACUGAACUGUGACUUAAAAAAAAACAACUUUUAAGUGGCAAAGAGUAGAGAGCUGCUCAGGCAUUAUUUGUUGGCAUUCUACCAAAUUAAGAAAAAUCACAUAAGGCCUUCUUGAACCAAUUUAAUGUUACACGACGCGCACAUUUUUUUUUUCAGCUUUCAGGACGAACCUAAAAUGCUGUGAAAUCUGUGCCGGUGAACUUUGACCUAAACUCUUGAACGCAAGUUGCAAACUUUUCAGCGUUUGAUGACUUCUUGCACAACUCGCUCGCCACAACGCUUGUUGUGAAUCAAUUAAUAUAUUUUUAACAAUUUGUGAGGAGGGUUAUGCAUGUGGUAAGUGUACACAUUUGAGGUGUUACACACUGAAGCGUGGCUUCCUGGCACCUUUUGGCAGUUUGUGACGGUGCUGCCUGAAAGCUUUUCUCGGGCCGGGCAGAACCUGAUGAUAGUUGCUGAUAAAGCGUGCUGGAGCAACCCCCCCGUCUUACUCCCUCCGUGGGCCCUGGCGCAGGAGGAAAAUGUCUCCCAUCCAUCUCUGGUGCACAAGAGGAAUUAAGUCACAGUCAAAAUAUUUUGAAAUUUUUUAGUUCAGUGCAAUGUGAAGAAGUAAUGAGCAGCUUGCACAUAUUUGAUAGCUUUUAUGUAAAUUUGUUGGAAAAAGCUGCACAGUCUGCCUGCGUUUUUUUUUUUUUUUUAAGUUUGCCAUGGGGAAAACCAGCACCAAAGAAGAAUGUUAUACAGUAAUUUGUAUCAUUUAUAGUAAUUGACUCUUAGCUAGAGUGAUAGUCACAUAUCAAUCUGAUAAGAUGCCUGGUUCACAUGGAUUCAUCUGAAAGGAACCAAAUAUUGUAGGUUAGCUCAAAGCAAAGCAAUGCUAGAUGUUGUCCUUUCGAUGGCCCAGAUUAUUAUUUUUUUUUUUUUUGCGUUAUUUCCUGUUACAAAAAAAUGGAAAUAGUAAUUGUCAUUUUUUUUCUUUUACCCUGUGGAGAAGGCAAAAAGCCACACUUGAUUAUUGCUAAUUCCAAAUGAGGUGUCUGUAUUUUAAACACUGAUUAAGUACAUUUUGUACCAGACAAAAUAAACUUUUUUUUUUUAAACCAACAUUGUGAUCGCUUAAC